ACGUCAUUAGCAGCUGUCGGUGAACAUCUUCCUGUUUCUCGGUCCUGCUGUGUUUGGGAAGCAUGGAAAGCUGUUUACGGUGUUUGUCCGCGGUUUUUAGAGAGCACACCGAGCGGUGCUGUCACCAUGCUGCUCUCCCAGCUCCCGGAGGAUGUCCUCUAUCAGAUAUUAGCUUUUUUGGACUGCAAAUCCCUCUGUCGCCUCUCUCAAGUUUGUAGAAAUAUUCGCCGUGUUGUAAACCGGGAUGUUGUGUGGAGGAAGAUAGCUAAAGACUUUUUAAACACCGGAAUCACUUGGAACGGGACGGACAUAUAUCAUCAUGUCCCGCUGAAGGAGAGAGUCAAGCUAGCUCAAAACUGGUCUAAAGGCGUCUGCAAAAGGUCAAUUCCUCUCAAAUGGAAAACCAAAUUUGGACCUUGACUUCCAGCUCUCCUAGAGCAACAAUUGCCAUGUUUGACAGAGUGUGGUCUGUGGCCAUCAGUCCCACGCUGAGCUCGUUUGUGACUGGUACUGCAUGCUGUGAGAACUUCUCCCCUCUUCGCAUCUGGGAUGUUGAGCGGUCAGCAUGUGUGUGCACUCUGGGCUCAGAGUUUCGUCGUGGUGCUGGUGUGCUGGAUAUACAGUUCGAGUCACCGUUCCAGCUCCUCACCUGCGGCUAUGAUACUUUCAUUAGACUGUGGGACCUUCGACUCAGCCCACAGAGGUGUGUGUUGCAGUGGGAGGAGCCUCAUGACAGCACACUCUACUGCAUCCAGACAGACAGUAAUCACAUGAUAGCCAGUGGCUCAUCAUACUAUGGUGUUGUGCGUCUUUGGGACAAACGCCGGACUCAGUGCUUACAGUUUUUCCAGCUGAGCUCUGACACUGUGAGCAGCCCUGUGUACUGCCUGAGGUUGAGCUGCUCUCAUUUGUACGCAGCUCUUGCCACAAGCCUGCAUUCACUGGACUUCAGGCAAAACCCCACUGGCAUCAGAUGACACAAGCGCAUACACACACACACACAUACACACACACACACUUUAUCAAAUCAUUAAAUAUUUUUUUACAGUGUACAUUUGUAGUGUUGAAUUCUGUCAGUUUGUUUUAAAGGGAUACUCCAGUCUAAUAAACUCCUAAUAAUGCUGGGAGAAAUUAAUAAAAUAAAAUAAUAAAAAGAUUUGUUUAUUUCACUUGUGACUGAUUAAACUGUAUAAACUAA